GUAUUGAAGCUCAGUAUUUCAAAAGCUUUCUCCUUCAGGACUUUUGCACUAGAAGCCAUAACCAUUGGCACGUUCAGCUCCAAUCUGUGUUUCAGCUCUGCACUGCUGCAGGAGGAGUGCCGCAGAAGGAAGAUGCCACUGAGGAGCUCAGCAGGAUUGGUGCUGCUCCUGCUCUCUCAGUGCUCUGUGUCCCUGGGCUCCAGAGAGGCCCUGGGCCUGGCUAAUGCCCACCUCCUCCCCCAGAGGGACCAUGAGAGACUGGGAAACGCCCAUCAGAAAGAUUAUCCUUGGGAUUGUUUUGAGAUUUUAAAGCACUCCAAAGGAAAUUCCAGAGAUGGCCUUUACAUCAUCCAACCAAAAGAAGAACCAAUUGUUGUCUUUUGUAACAUGCAGGAUGGUGGCUGGACAGUAAUCCAGCACAUUACAGCCAACAGCACUGUUGACUUUGACAGGACUUGGCAGGACUACAAAUAUGGAUUUGGCUCUGUUGAUGAGAACCACUGGUUAGGAAAUGAAUACAUGCAUCAGUUAACUGGCAGCUCAGUGCAAUACAUACUUGGAGUUAAACUUGUGAAUCUAAAUGCUGAAGUCAAAUGGGGACAGUAUGAGCCAUUCCUGAUUGAGGGGGAGGAGUCUCAGUAUCGCAUCAGGGUUGGCCUUUACAAAGGCAACGCCACUGAUGCUCUGACCCUGGACACAGAAGCUUAUCUCCAUGACAACCAGAAGUUCACCACCAAGGACAGAGACAAUGACAAUUACUUUAUGAACUGUGCUAAGCUGGAGCUCAAUGGCAUUCCUGGGGGAGGCUGGUGGUACGAUGCCUGUGCUGGGGCAAACCUGAACCGCAGGAACGCGAUAUACUGGCAAAGAGACUGCAGCAAGCAACAGCCCUGCAAGUUUGCAUGGAUGAUGGUCAAACCCAUCGAGCACCACCAGUCGUACCCUACCAAGGCCUGCCCCUGUCAGAAAGUUGAACUGUAGACAAGCCAUGAGUAUUUGACAGGAUCAUGGACUAUUUCUCAAGUGACUGAAGUGAACUCACUGACUGAGUAAUGGCCCUAAGUAACCACAGCUGGAAAUUUAAAUUGGGCCUCUCUAGGGGCUUUAUGUUGACAUAUUGUCCAAUACUGGAACAUGUCACAGAAAUUUGCCAACCACACAAGUGAGAAACUGUCAGAAACUGAGGCCUUUACCGCAAGAUUUAAAUAACCAGAAGAUUUAAAUAAUUAAUUUUAUACUAUUUUAGCCAUAAGACAAGUCUGAUAUGAAAUGCGGGAUAUGAUGUCUUGUACAAUAUAUACCUGAAUAAAAAUGCAUUUCAGAAGGUUUUGCACUGGUGUCAAUGUUCAUGACUGAUUGCACAUCUAUAAUUGCACAUCUUCAUAUAUUGCGCAGGAAGGAAAUUUCCAGUUAAAAAGCUACAUUUACAAAAGGCACACUGAAGUGUAUUGUGUACCAUAGGACUCCAACAGGCCUUUUCUUUCUAACUUUAGUGAAUGGUAUUUUAAUAUUUGAAAUUGGAAUUAACCUCAUCUCCCAUGGCUUCUUUCCCCCUUCAUUGACUCUUCUUUUAUCUCUACUUUUUAAUGAUCCCAUAUACAGCGAAGUAUUCAGCACAGGCUUUUCUUCUCUGCCUUCAUUUCAGAGCACUCAGCACUAAUGGGAUUGCCAGCUUUCCCAUUUAAAGCCACUGAUCCAAAGCUUACAACCCUUCUGAAUUUUUCCCCCAAGAAACUGUGAAUAUAUUUUUAAAAAGAUCAGACUGAUAUUGCAAUUGUUUGUUUAUUCCUCCAUUUUUACCCUGAAGAUUACUUCACUUUAUUUACCUUUAUUUGACUGUUACUUCUCCCAGUUCCAUGCUGUGCUUCAGUGUUUUCUUUUUUUAAUACCACUGUGAGAAAAGAAGAGAAUGCUGCUUUAUUUCACAUUUAAGAGUUUCAAUUGUUUUAGUACUCAACAUUGACAUCAAUUAAACAGUGCCUUUUUUCUAACUAUAAAAUAAAACAAAGAUUAAUUAUAAAUUAUUCUGUUUUAAAACAAUAAACAAAAAUAUUUAAAUUUUUAUGACCUUGAAGAUCUUGUUUUCUUUUACCACUGUUUGAGUUGCUUCUCACAGUUUUAUAUCAUUAGAAUAACUGAAUGACAACUGAAGAGUUUUUAUUGUUGCAUUUACAAAAUGUCAGACUAACAAAUAGAUUAUCAUGUGUGGGUUUUUUGAUAUUUCAGUUAAACUACAUCAACAGAUCCUGUUGAAUUCCUGCUUUUUAAUUUAAAAUACUAUUUAUAAUUUUCGUGAAAAUUGCUUCCAAAAAUAAAUUCAACUGUGUUUUAAGAGGACCAAAACUGUCAUGAUUGCUUAAGAUGAGAAACUAUUUUGGAAGCAGAAAAGCCAAGAAAGCAAUUUUUAGUUUUCUUGAUGCACUGCAGCAUUUUCAGAAAGAGAUACAGCGAUGUGAUGUGGGUGAGGCCAACACAGCACACAUGCCAAUUUUGCAGCAUCUGAUUUUUUUCCCCCCUGAAUCUGUGCUCAAAGACAGAAGUGUGACAGGAGAAGAAAUGGUUAGUACCUGAACUGAGUUUAUAUCAUUGAGUCAAUUUAAUGUGGGUUCUGCAUAAUUCCAUCUCUAUAAUUCUAUCAUAAUUCUACCCAAAGUUGUGAUGAGGAUACAAGAAAAACACCUGAGUGCUUCCAGUCUCACAUAUUAUAUUUUGUUAGCUUUUGUUAGAAUUCAUGGCCAUAUAGCUAGAUGUUCACCCACCUUCCGAAAAUGUGUUUUAACAACCGUGACAUGGAAGCGUGGAAGGGAGAGCCCACAGCUGGAUCUGACCAUCAAAGGCAGGCAACCUGCUCUGCAGCACACCCCAAGCUUGUCUAAGGGGAUUUUGGGGGUAAGGACUCUGCAAACAAGCUGUAUGAAUAACUUGGGCACCAGCAGACCAAACCCAGCUGCCCAGGGCUGGAGGGACUCUAGUUAAUACUUUAACUAGCCCUACAAACCUAUGCAUUGAAUUCCAGUAAAAAAAUUAGAUUUGAAAUGCUAUAAAAACUCAUAACAAGACGUCUACUAGCAAAAAACCUGAAACAUUUAAUUGAACUCAGGGACUGAGCUACAUUCCACACCUCUAACAAAACUAUGGAUGGAAAUUACCAUGGUGGCUGGGUUGGGGACUAACUACUGGAUGAAAAUAAGUAAUAUUCUAGAACAUCCACCAGUGUGGAACCUUUAGAAGUAGACUAAACUUUACUUCAUAAUUCCUUAGCAAAAGACUAUCUUAACUGAACAGAUUUUUUUUUUUUCUUCCAUUGCUGAACCUUGAUCACCAGAUACCCAGAACAAUGCUGAAGGCAUAUGGCCUUCAUCACUGGAUCACAGACUGAAACAUGGGGGUUUCUAUUCUACCCCCCCUAAAUUCUUCUACCAAUCACAUUUCUCCUACACUGUCUCUCAGCCUUUCCUGAUUUUACUGCCUCCUGCAGUAUGGGAAAGAAGGAGGAUCUUCCUAGAAGUAGGUGUGGAAACAAAUUUAUUUGGUCAAAUAAAUAGCCUUCCAAAAUGAGUAAGUAUGACAAGAUCUAGAGCAAAAGGUUCCUGCUCUAAGCACCUGUGAAUGGGAGGCAUGUUCCACUUUAAACAUGCAAUCUCCUAACAAUGGCAGUGAAAUAGAUUUUUUUAACCUCUCCUACUUUGCAUUUCUCUGCAUUUGUACUGUCAACUGCAGGAAAUGUAAGCACACUCUCACAUUUAAUAGCACAUUAAUCAACUCAGAAUAUGUUCACUAUUUGUCUUUUAAAAUAAUUCAGUUUUCAUAUGAGAAAGUGCUUGCUUUUGUUUCUGACUUUACAGACUUCAGGUAACCUUAUUUUUUAUGUACAACCAUAGAUUUAAAAGUAUGACAAAGUGGUUUUAGGGGCUAACUGAUGAAUGUUGUUAAUUCAUUGAUGCAAUACGCUGUAUCAAAAAAUUGACAACAUUGUUGUAUGGCCUGAUUUUCUCCUACUAGAAUUAACAAACAGUCCUUUAGUCACUCUCGUGUCUUGUAUUUCAGAAGGCAUCAGGCCACAGUCAGAGUGGGGGGCUACAGAGCUGUGUCCCACAGCUGGAAUCCUCCACUGUACCCUCUCUCCACUCUUCCUCCUAUAGCUACCUGAUGAAUUGCACACUGAAGGAGGCCUUAUGGACAGCACACACUAAAAACAACUACCUGACCUCCACUACGUCUCGUUUGCAGCUGCAUGUAAGGAUUAAAAGAUAUUUCAGCUUCUAUCUCGGCAUGUUAACCAGGAAUUCAGUAAAAGCCUUCCCAGCUUAAGAGGUCCACUGAAACAGAAGCCAUCAGCAACCAGGGUCUGGAGGAAGACCUGUUGAGAAGAAAACUUCUGAAGGAUCUGAAAUGUUUGGUUUAUUUGAGGAGGACUGACUUCAGUGUAUCAGCAGACACAUGAAGAAACUAGUGACAUUUAGUGACCAAUGGCACAAAUACUGAGUAAAAGGCAGUGUUUUUACUGAGUGUAACAAAGACUGAAUUCCUUAAUUGUGAAAAAAUACAUUUACCAAGAUGGAAAAAACAAUUGUAACACCAUCCCUUUCUGAAACCCUAGUAAGCAUAGAUUAUCUCCAGUUUUACAACAUGAUAUUAUCAAUUUUAAACCACUUUAACUGCUUAUAGGGUAACUAUUAAUAAAAUCAUAAACAAGAAGCUUAUUAAAGCUCAAGAUUUUAUGACACUCAAUUGUCAAAUGUUUGUGUAAGAAUAUUUCUUAGGGAGCUCAAAAGGCAGUAAUGGGGAUUUGGGGGAGACCACAUAAGAAACAGAGUGGCCUCUUACUGACUUGCUGGGGGUGAAGCCAAGUAGUGAAGUGAAAAGAGACCGUAUCAUUUUCUAGAGUUAAGGUUUAGCCUGUGUUUCAAAACAGAGAAGUCACUGACUACCCAGCAGCUGCAGGAGCAUUACAUUUAUCUACACACAUAAAUCAUAUUUGCAAAAAAUGAAUGUUGGUUGAUAAAUUAUGGGGAUCUGGAAUAUGUAGGGGU